GGCGGAAACAGUGGGCGGGGGGGGGCGGGAGCUUGUGGGACCAGACCACCUCGUCACCGAGCCAUGGCGGGCAUGCCGCAAACUUCUGAUACAACGGACUUGCCUGGACAGCUGGCUAUCCUUCCUUUCCGGAACAGAGUCUUGCUUCCGGGGGGAAUUGUCAGAAUACGCUGCACCUCGGCAAGCAGUGUGAGGUUGAUUGAACAGGAGCUGUGGCAAAAAGAGGAGUCGGGGGUUAUCGGCGUAGUUCCUGUCAGGGAUGCUCAGCCUGAUGGCUCGACAGGUGCCUCUGUCCUGCAAUUACCUUCGUCCUUGGUUGGGCAUGGCAGCGGCAGCCCAGCAAAUGGACUGGAUGAGCUAGAAGGCUUGGCGGGGAAGGAUGGGGGCGGUUUGGUUGCGGAUUCGAUGCGUCCACAGCGGUUGGAUUGGCAUGACAAAGGUGUUGCUGCACAGGCCCUUCAUCUCUCUAGGGGCCUUGAGAAGCCCGGUGGCAAAGUAACUUACACAGUGGUACUUGAGGGGCGAUGCAGGUUCGCCGUGAAUGAAAUGACGGCCCGCGGACCGUACCUUGUUGCCCGUGUCUCCCAGCUAGACAUGACAAAGACAGAUGAGGAGGAAUCUCAAUGACAUACGAAGGACCAUCCACAUCUCCAAUUACGUCUAGAACUUGCCAAGGUCCUCUGUAGGUGGSUAGAAGCUUCUGAGAGAUGUUCUCUUCAGGAGCAAACUCUUUAGACUUCACCCAAACUAAAUCUCCUACAACAAAUUGAGACGGGCGUC